AUGACCCAUCUGUGAAGUAUAAAAGGGGCUGGGAGACUGUAGGAUUUCACUCUUGAGAAGUGCCCUAUCCUUCAACUGAAAACUCACCUCCCUGACACUAUGUGUUGCAACUACUACAGAAACGCCUGUGGAGGCUGCGGCUAUGGCUGCACCUAUGGAUCUGGCUGUGGCUCUGGCUGUGGAUACCGCUCUUGUAGAUACGGCUCUGGCUGUGGAUAUCGCCCUGGCUGUGGCUAUGGCUAUGGAUACAACUCUGGCUGCUGUAGCUACCGACCUUUUUGCUACAGAAAAUGCUAUUCCUCUUGCUGCUAAUCACUGUGCCAAGAAAUGCUUCGUCUCUGAAGUAACCACUGUGAGGCAAGUUUGGAUGAAAUGUUUCCUCCAUCCAAUAACUUCAAAACGAGAAAAAGCUUAGUUGUCAGAUGUGCAACUGAAUUAACAUCUAACUGUUUCUACUUCAUUUAGGCCGAGUCCUCUUAUCACAUUACUGAAGACAUAUGCUAUAAUGUCAAAUAUGCAAAUAUAAAUUAUUGAAAUUUGUCUUUGCUGUAACUAUCUCAGAAGCAUAGCAAGCUUAUGUAAUUGACAGAUAAUAAAAUGUAACAAAAUAAACUUCUUAAUAAAUUAUUUA